AUGGACCUAACGAGCUGCUGCCGUUACUUGCGAUUCCCGUUUGUGAAGAAGAGCGGUCCGUUGUCUUCACCGUGGGAGCCGCAAGAGGAACGGCUUCAGCAAAUCUUGCAGCUGCUGAGGGAUUCGCUGUCUCCUGAUGAAGCGACGAUGCUAACGGCCCGGCAGGAGAUCAAGAAGGUGAGCGAAAUUCCCGACUUCAGGAACUAUCUGGUAUUCAUCCUGACAACGUUGAAGUUCGAGAAUGAGCGGUUGCCAAAACAAAGCGGAUUAAUGUUGGAUAAAGAUGUGAUUGCCGACUCUGGCAUCGUUCGCCGGCAUGUGAGCGACUCCACCAAGACCAGCUUGGAAAGUGUGGGUGACCCCUUGACGGUCAUCGUAGCUGCCUUGGGCUUCUUCAUCAUUACUGACACAACGGUUGAGCUCGCAAGGUGGCCUGAAUUGCUUCCGCGGCUCGGCGAGCUCCUAGACUCGAAGGACGACAGAGUCUGCGAAGGUUCUUUCGGUGCGCUGCACAAGAUUUGUCGGGACUGUGCUGAUGAGCUGGUUAAAGGGGCACUGAAAGAUCAGCUCACUGUUCUUGUGCCCAGGUUUCUGCACUAUUUUCGGCACAACAACCCUCGGAUCCGGUUUUGCGCCAUCACUGUCAUCAGCCUAUUAUUCAUCAACCGCACAGAGGCAGUGAUGGUCCACUCAGACUCUGCUGUUACGAGUUUACUGCAGUUAAUGCAUGAUGAAGACUCCGAAGUACAGAAAACCAUGUGUCGUUCUCUAAUAGCAGUGCUGGAAUAUCACAUCGACUGUCUCAUCCCUCAUAUGCGCAGCAUCGUUGAGUACCUCAUGGUCAAGAUGCAAGAUGUGGACGGAAGCAUUGCUCUGGCAGCUUGCAGGGCAUUAGCCUUUCUAACGGCGAAGACAGUCUGCAAGGAAGCACUGGCGCCAUAUUUCUCACGCCUUGUCCCCAUUUUAGUCCAAAAAAUGAAGUACUCAGACUCUGACAUCAGUACACUCAAGGAAGACGUACGAAGUAUCCGGCCUACGCUUGGGCUGAUGAAAAAAGCAACAGACGGCAAGUUCGGUGGAUGUUCUGUGACAAGCGAAAAACUUGGCGAUGAAAACAUCUUCUACAAGUGGAAUAUAAGGAAUUGCUCAGCGGAUGCGUUGAACGGGAUAGCCAUCUUGUUCAACGAGCAAGUUUUUCACCUGCUAGUGCCUUCCCUUAAGGAGAUGUUACAGAAGGACUGGGUGAUUAAGGAAUCGGCCAUUUUCGUCCUUGGGGUCAUCGCUCAUGGUUGCAUGGAAGGCAUGACCCAGUAUCUAGAGGACCUGAUCACCUACUUUCUUUACUGUCUUAGAGACGUCAAGGCCCCUGUGCGGUCGACCGCCUGCUGGACCCUGAGCCGUUACUCCCAGUGGCUGUUGAACCAGCCACACCAUCGCUACUUCGAGCCAGUGGUGAACCAGGUACUGGAGCGGAUCCUGGACGACAGCGAAAUGGUCCAAGAAGUUGCGUGCACCGCCCUUAACAACCUAGCAAAGAAAGCCAACACAAAACUCGUGCCAUACCUCAACUCCAUUUUGGACACGAUCUACUGUAGCUUGAACAAGUACAGACGUCAACAUUUUUAUAUGCUGUACAAUGCAAUAAGAACGCUGGCAGACUGCGUAGGACCAGAACUCAACAGGCAUGAAUUCAUUUCAUUUUUCAUGAAACCACUGACCGAGGAGUGGGAUGAGAUGGCAGACUCUGAGAUCAAUCAAUUUUAUCUGCUACGGUGUCUGUGUAGUGUGGCUACCGCAGUUAAAUCUGAAUUCUUGCCUUACUACGUGCCCGUGGCAAACAGGUGUCUCCGCCUCGUGCAACUGGGGAGGAAAGGCUUCUUCGUCAAAGCAAUCGAUCUGAGGUACUCGUAUAGCCCGGAAAAACCCUUUGUUGUUGCGGCACUGGAAACGCUCAGCGGACUGGCGGAAGGUUUGGGAAACGACAUUGCGCCUCUUGUCACGGAUAGCAACAUCCUUGAGCUCAUGUUCCAGUGUGGGAAGGACUCGGUGCCUGAAGUGCGUCAGGCCACAUUUUCCCUUCUUGGAAUGCUCACCAAAAGCUGCGUGCAACAUACGAUGUACACUUCGUGCUCGUUCUUUCCUAUACUCGGUGAGAACUUGAACCCAGAGAUCAUACCAGUGUGCAAUAAUGCGACCUGGGCAAUCAGCCAGAUAGCCAUCAGAGAAGCCAUGCCUCUCCGCUCGUUCACGGGCCCUCUGGACAGCCAGGAGCUGGACGUCUUGUUUCAGGUCUGUGAUGGCCUUCCUCCAGUCUUCUUCUCGAUCAAAAUCCUGUAA